AUGCAUAAAGUACGAAUUAGUAGUAUUGGACCUGGAAGUUUAACGCAAACUAAAGCUGGAGUAGCUGUUAGAGAAGUACGUCCUAGCCAAUUAGGUAAAAUUUGUAUUUUAGAUACAAAUGAGGGUCCUUCAAGUGGGUUAGUAGGAGCACUAGCAAGCAAUGCUCGAAUUAAUAAAGAUGGUAAUAUUGAAACCUUAAUUUAUCCAAAUAAAAAAUUACGUUCUGGUUCAAAAUUUUUAAAUACUUUUGAACAAGAAAGUUUUCAUGUUUCAUUUGAAAAUUUAAUUACACGAAAACAAUCUCUAUUAAAUAAAUAUACUAAUAUUAUAACAUUUGAAAAAGGAGAAAUUAAAUCUAAAGCUAAUAUUUCAGAUACUUCUUAUAAAAUUAAUCCGAGUAAUUUACUUUCUUAUACAGAAAAUUUAAUUCCAUUUUUAUUUUAUAAUGAUCCUACUAGAUGUUUAAUGGGGGCAAGAAUGCAAACACAAGCUGUUCCAUUAAUUUAUCGAAAUAAACCAUAUAUUUUAACUGGAUUUGAAUCUAUUCUUGCUUCAAAAACGUCUAAUUUAUUACGUGCUUAUCAAGAAGGAAUUAUUACUAAAGUAACUGCAUAUAAAAUUGUACUUAGAGAUUUAUUUAAUAGAGAAAUUACAUAUUAUUUACAAAAAUAUAAAAAAACAAAUCAAGGAACUUUUAUACAUCAGGUUCCAAUAGUCUGGCCAGGAGAACGAGUACAUUCAGGACAACUUUUAACAGAAAAUCAAGAUAUUAGUGAUACAGAAUUUAAUAUAGGAAAUAAUUUAAAUGUAUUAUAUGGAAGUUAUUAUGGGUAUGAAUAUGAAGAUGCAUUAAUUAUUAGUCAAAAAGUUUUAUAUAAAAAUAUUUUUACAUCUAUUCAUUUUGAUAUCUAUGAAGUAAAAUAUUCUAAAUAUCCUAUAGAUACUCCUGAAUAUAGUACCUUAGAUCUUCCAAAACGAAGUUCUUAUCAAAAAAGACAUCUAGAUGAGUUAGGAAUUAUCAAAGAAGGAUCUAAAGUAUUAGAUGGAGAUAUUUUAAUUUCUAAAAUAUCUGUUUCUAAUUUAACUUUAGAAGACUCUCCUUUUUCUGAAUUAGUAUAUUCAUUAUUUGGAACAACUUUAAGACAAAUUCAAGAUAAAUCUAUUUCAGUACCAGUAGGAAAAUCAGGUCGUGUAAUAAAAACUGAAUUAUUUGCUAUUAAAAAUAAAGUAAGUACUUCUACUGUUCAAAAUUACUUAACUUUAANAGAAAAUUUAAUACCAAUAUUAUUCUAUAAUGAACCUACUAGAUGUUUAAUGGGGACAAGAAUGCAAACACAAGCUGUUCCAUUAAUUUAUCGAAAUAAACCAUAUAUUUUAACUGGAUUUGAAUCUAUUCUUGCUUCAAAAACGUCUAAUUUAUUACGUGCUUAUCAAGAAGGAAUUAUUACUAAAGUAACUGCAUAUAAAAUUGUACUUAGAGAUUUAUUUAAUAGAGAAAUUACAUAUUAUUUACAAAAAUAUAAAAAAACAAAUCAAGGAACUUUUAUACAUCAGGUUCCAAUAGUCUGGCCAGGAGAACGAGUACAUUCAGGACAACUUUUAACAGAAAAUCAAGAUAUUAGUGAUACAGAAUUUAAUAUAGGAAAUAAUUUAAAUGUAUUAUAUGGAAGUUAUUAUGGGUAUGAAUAUGAAGAUGCAUUAAUUAUUAGUCAAAAAGUUUUAUAUAAAAAUAUUUUUACAUCUAUUCAUUUUGAUAUCUAUGAAGUAAAAUAUUCUAAAUAUCCUAUAGAUACUCCUGAAUAUAGUACCUUAGAUCUUCCAAAACGAAGUUCUUAUCAAAAAAGACAUCUAGAUGAGUUAGGAAUUAUCAAAGAAGGAUCUAAAGUAUUAGAUGGAGAUAUUUUAAUUUCUAAAAUAUCUGUUUCUAAUUUAACUUUAGAAGAUUCUCCUUUUUCUGAAUUAGUAUAUUCAUUAUUUGGAACAACUUUAAGACAAAUUCAAGAUAAAUCUAUUUCAGUACCAGUAGGAAAAUCAGGUCGUGUAAUAAAAACUGAAUUAUUUGCUAUUAAAAAUAAAGUAAGUACUUCUACUGUUCAAAAUUACUUAACUUUAAGAAUUUUUGUUGCAAAACAACGUAUGUUACAAAUUGGAGAUAAAUUAUGUGGACGUCAUGGUAAUAAAGGAGUAAUUUCAAAUAUUGCAGAAGAAGCAGAUUUACCUUAUAAUGUAUUAUCUCAAUAUCCAGAUAUUAUUACAGGUCCUUUAGGAGUACCUUCUAGAAUGAAUUUAGGUCAAUUAUUUGAAAGUCUUUUUGGGUAUAAUUGUGUUCUUCAAGAUAAAAGAUUAUUAAUUAAUUCUUUAUUAAAUAAUCAUUUAAAUAGUAAUUAUACUAAAACAUAUUUAUAUAAUUCAUUACAGUCAUUAAAAUAUUAUACAGGAAAUAAAUCUUUAUUAAAUCCAUAUAUUCCAGGUAAAUUAUUAUUAAGAGAUGGUAAUGAGUUUUCUAAAUAUUUUAUUGAGUUACACGAAGAAGGUAUUUUUAUUUAUAAUAGUUUUAAUAAAAAAGUUAAUUUAAUUAAUUUUUUAUAUUUUUUAGGACUGAAUAAUACUUAUAUUAGUUCUUUCUCACGAUAUGGAAAUACUAAACUAUUUAAGACCUUAUUAUUAAAUUCUAAAAAUUUUUAUUAUUUUAAUUCCAAAGAUAUAAAAGAACUUGAAAAAUUAAGAGUGUUAUUAAAUAUUUUGAAUCCUGAAUUAAAUUUAAACUAUUUAAAAAAUAAAUUAAAUUUUUCUAAAAAUAUUAUAUCUUUAAAAGAACACUUAAUAAAUAGAAUAGGAAAUUUUUUAGAAACUUCUUAUACUUUAUUAGGACAAGAUUUAAUUUCUAUUAUCGAUUUUUUAUUAGAUUUAAAAUUUAAAAAAAGAACUUUAAAUGAUUUAGAUCAUUUUGGAAAUAGAAAAGUUGAAUCUUUAGGACAUCUAAUUUCUUCACAUCUUGAAUAUAUUUUACCAAAUAAACUUUUUAAGAUUUUAAAUCUUUUAUCUAAUUAUAAGUUUGUUAAUAUUUAUCUUUUAAUAGAAAAUUUAAAGGAAAUAUUUAAUAAAAAUAAAAUUUCGAUUAAAGAACUUUUAACAGUUAACCCCUUAAUUCAAUAUUUAGAAGAAGUUAAUUCUGCUUCAGAAUUAAUGCAUAAAGUACGAAUUAGUAGUAUUGGACCUGGAAGUUUAACGCAAACUAAAGCUGGAGUAGCUGUUAGAGAAGUACGUCCUAGCCAAUUAGGUAAAAUUUGUAUUUUAGAUACAAAUGAGGGUCCUUCAAGUGGGUUAGUAGGAGCACUAGCAAGCAAUGCUCGAAUUAAUAAAGAUGGUAAUAUUGAAACCUUAAUUUAUCCAAAUAAAAAAUUACGUUCUGGUUCAAAAUUUUUAAAUACUUUUGAACAAGAAAGUUUUCAUGUUUCAUUUGAAAAUUUAAUUACACGAAAACAAUCUCUAUUAAAUAAAUAUACUAAUAUUAUAACAUUUGAAAAAGGAGAAAUUAAAUCUAAAGCUAAUAUUUCAGAUACUUCUUAUAAAAUUAAUCCGAGUAAUUUACUUUCUUAUACAGAAAAUUUAAUUCCAUUUUUAUUUUAUAAUGAUCCUACUAGAUGUUUAAUGGGGGCAAGAAUGCAAACACAAGCUGUUCCAUUAAUUUAUCGAAAUAAACCAUAUAUUUUAACUGGAUUUGAAUCUAUUCUUGCUUCAAAAACGUCUAAUUUAUUACGUGCUUAUCAAGAAGGAAUUAUUACUAAAGUAACUGCAUAUAAAAUUGUACUUAGAGAUUUAUUUAAUAGAGAAAUUACAUAUUAUUUACAAAAAUAUAAAAAAACAAAUCAAGGAACUUUUAUACAUCAGGUUCCAAUAGUCUGGCCAGGAGAACGAGUACAUUCAGGACAACUUUUAACAGAAAAUCAAGAUAUUAGUGAUACAGAAUUUAAUAUAGGAAAUAAUUUAAAUGUAUUAUAUGGAAGUUAUUAUGGGUAUGAAUAUGAAGAUGCAUUAAUUAUUAGUCAAAAAGUUUUAUAUAAAAAUAUUUUUACAUCUAUUCAUUUUGAUAUCUAUGAAGUAAAAUAUUCUAAAUAUCCUAUAGAUACUCCUGAAUAUAGUACCUUAGAUCUUCCAAAACGAAGUUCUUAUCAAAAAAGACAUCUAGAUGAGUUAGGAAUUAUCAAAGAAGGAUCUAAAGUAUUAGAUGGAGAUAUUUUAAUUUCUAAAAUAUCUGUUUCUAAUUUAACUUUAGAAGAUUCUCCUUUUUCUGAAUUAGUAUAUUCAUUAUUUGGAACAACUUUAAGACAAAUUCAAGAUAAAUCUAUUUCAGUACCAGUAGGAAAAUCAGGUCGUGUAAUAAAAACUGAAUUAUUUGCUAUUAAAAAUAAAGUAAGUACUUCUACUGUUCAAAAUUACUUAACUUUAAGAAUUUUUGUUGCAAAACAACGUAUGUUACAAAUUGGAGAUAAAUUAUGUGGACGUCAUGGUAAUAAAGGAGUAAUUUCAAAUAUUGCAGAAGAAGCAGAUUUACCUUAUAAUGUAUUAUCUCAAUAUCCAGAUAUUAUUACAGGUCCUUUAGGAGUACCUUCUAGAAUGAAUUUAGGUCAAUUAUUUGAAAGUCUUUUUGGGUAUAAUUGUGUUCUUCAAGAUAAAAGAUUAUUAAUUAAUUCUUUAUUAAAUAAUCAUUUAAAUAGUAAUUAUACUAAAACAUAUUUAUAUAAUUCAUUACAGUCAUUAAAAUAUUAUACAGGAAAUAAAUCUUUAUUAAAUCCAUAUAUUCCAGGUAAAUUAUUAUUAAGAGAUGGACGUACAGGAUAUAGACUUAAAGGAGGUGCCUUUUUAGGAACUCUUUAUUAUUCUAAAUUAAUUCAUAUGGUAAAAGAUAAAGUUCAUUAUAGAACCUUUGGACCUUAUACAGAAAUUACUCAACAACCUAUCAAAGGAAGAGGAAAAGGAGGAGGACAAAGAUUUGGAGAAAUGGAAGUCUGGGCGUUAGAAGCUUUUGGAGCUUCUUAUAACCUUAGAGAACUUUUAACUUCUAAAUCAGAUGAAUUAGUUUCACGUAAUAAGUUACAAGAAUAUUUAUUAAAUAAUACUCCUUUAGAACCUAAUUCUUUACCAGAAGCAUUUAAAUUAAUAAUAAGAGAAUUACAUGGAUUAAGUUUAAAUUUAGAAUCGUUUAUGGUUACAGAUAUGUUAGAAGGUAAGUUAUUACCUUUAAAUAUUAAUUAUUAAAUUAAGUAGUUAAAUAUAUAGAAAAUGUAUUUUAAUAAUCUUUCAGGAUUUAAAAUUUCUUUAGCAUCUCCUCAAAAUAUUAUUGGAUGGUGUGAAAGAAAAAUAACUCCUACUGUUACAAUUACAGGAGAAAUUUCAGAACCUUUAACAUUAGAUUUUAAAACAGGAUCCCCUGAGCCAAAUGGAUUAUUUUGUGAAAGAAUUUUUGGUCCUAUUUUAUCGUGGCAAUGUAAAUGUGGAUUAUAUAAAAAUAGAUUUUCAUCUUAUCAACUAAAUAAACGUAAUACUUAUUUUUGUGAAAAUUGCGGAGUUGAAUUAAAUGAUACUCGAAUUAGACGGUAUCGUAUGGGAUAUAUUAAAUUAAAUACUCCAAUAGCUCAUUUUUGGUAUAUUAAGUCGCUUCUUCCUUUAUUGUUAAACUUAUCACUUUCUCAAAUUGAAUUUUAUCUUUAUUAUAAAGAUCUUUUUAAUUUAGAUUUUAUAAAUAUUAAAACAUAUAAUCAAUUAGUUUUAAGUAAAAAAGGUGAUACUGAUAAUCUACUUUUAGAUAAACUUUUUCCUGCAGAAUUAUUUCAAAAAAAAUUAAAACAAUUAAAUUUAUUAAAUGAAUUAAAACUUUGUAGAGAAGAUUUAGCUAUAGAAACAAAUAUUCAACUAAGAAAAGCUCUUUCAAAAAAAGCUCAUUUACUUCAUUUAUUUUUUACAGGUCAUAUUAAACCAGAAUGA